CGUUUUUCGUUUUCCUUUUCAUUAUAUUUCUGGUUUUUUCAAGUAGAUUUACGUUGAUAUUUCAGUGCGAACUAAAAGUUAACAAAAAUUAGGAAAAAUGUCAAAUGGGUAUAGUGCUCCAUGGAAUUUUUCAUGGGUGUUGCCCAACGAAUUAGCAGCCACGUCAUGUCCUCAGACAUUAGAUGAUCUAGAAUUUUUAAAAUCAGAAGGUAUACGGCACUUAGUAACCUUAUCACCGGAAUACAUUCCUCCAAUUAGACAUUUUAAUGGUAUUAAAUGGUCGUACAUUCCUAUAGAAGAAUUCGAACCGCCUACCUUAGAAGAUAUGACGAAUUUUAUCAAAAUAUGUCAAGAAGCUAAAGAAAAUAACGAAGCUGUGGCAGUUCAUUGUAGAGCCGGCAGAGGCAGAACAGGCGUCAUGGUAGCUUGUUACUUCGUUAGGUUCAUGGAUAUGGCACCGGAUCGCGCCAUAACGAAUAUAAGAAUGAUGCGUCCGGGGUCUGUUGAAACUCAUAAGCAGGAAAGAGCAGUACGGGAUUACAGAGAUCUACUAAGAUCCAAAUAAAGUGUAGUUGAAAAUUUAAGAAGAUAUUAAGGAGACACAAGCAAUAAAAGAAGAGGAACAUAAAUAAAUUAAUAUUGAAAAAUAUUUUUUAUAAUCUGAAAUAAA